AUGAAUGAUAAUGUUGUUGACGCUUCAGGAAUGCAGAUGUGGAACGCAAUGACAUUGUCAUUCGUAAAGGAAAAGCUUACAGAUAAAGUCACCUAUUUGGACUUGAGCACAAACCACGUUAGUUUAGAAUGUGCAGAAUAUCUUUCAAAAUAUAUAGGUAGAAAAGACUCUUCUUUAAUUGGAUUGUCUUUAAUUAACUGUCAUUUAACCGUUCGUGCAUCAAAAGUUAUAUUCGAAGCCAUAGGAAAUUCAAAUUUAAUCGAAUUUUACGUAGACGGCAAUAUUUUACCACAAGAAGCAUGUGAAAUUCUUGCGAAGUCAUUACAGAAAAAUCCACCCCUUGAAGUAUUAAGUUUGAACGGCUGUAAUAUUGCAAGUGAAGGAGGAGUUGCUAUUGCUCAGUCUUUACCAUCACUUACACACUUAAUUCAUUUCAGAAUAGAAUCCAACAACCUAUUUGACCCAGGCGCGUGCGCAAUUGCCAAAUCAAUACGAAAUUCUACAUUUCAAUACUUAUCAGUAGCAGACAAUGAGAUAUGGCUUGAAGGAACAAAUGCAAUCAUAAACGAAAUCGCAUGCGUUCCUCGCGUCAAAUCUUUAGAUAUUUCGUAUAAUACAGUUGAUCUUGAGGUUGUAACAGCUUACAUUGCUAAAAACCAACAAUUUGAAGAACUCGCAAUCUCAGGAUGCAAAAUUCGAAUCCAUCAACUUCCACCAUUUUUAGAUAAAAUUGUAAAUUCGAACUUAAAGAUACUUAUCAUGGAUGGCUUUGAUCAAAAUAUACUCCCUGUUUCAUGGCCUAAAAUUCAUGAUAAGAUUUUUACUCAGCCGGACUAUUUUGAACAAUUAUGCAAUAUAAUUCAAAUUUCUCAGAGUUUGGUUGAUGUUAGAAUCGGUUAUCUUGAUCCAGGACAAAUAAUGUCUAUGGCCAGCGCAUUCAGUACCCUCGAUCGUGAUGUUACUCUAUCAAUUCAAGAUUUUGGUCGAACUGGAAAUUGCUGGGUAGCCAAAUUCCCGAACUUUGAGCUCCUCUCUCCCACAGAUAUGCUCAAAUGGAAUGAAGCUGUGACAAGUCCAGAGGCCGCACGUAAUUUCGGACCUCUUUUUGCCGCAACAAAAUAUAAGAAUUUUACACUGAAGAGUAUGGACAUUUCCGCGGUAUCUCUUAAUGAUCAGUGUGCAAGUAAGAUGCUCAUGGGCAUGAGAAAUCUUAACAUUGACAUUCUAGAUUUAUCAUCAAAUAAUUUUGGAGACGAUAUAGUGGAACAACUUAUACAAAUGUGUUCCUCAUGCAAACUAAGAGAUAUGCGUCUAGAAAAGACAAGGCUUUCUGAAAUAGGACUAACAAAUUUCUUGUCAUUUUUCGCAGACGUCAAACCUGAAUGUUGUCCAAAAGAAUUAUCAUUUUCAGUUGUCAGUGAAGACAAAAACCCAUUCUCUGUCCACGGUGUCUUCCAAAUCCUCUCACAAGUCUUGAUUCAAGGAGUUGAAAUUGAAUCACUCUGUUUGGACGGAGCCAUCACUCCAAGGGAUGUUAAAAUCUUUGUGGACGAGCUCAUGAGGAAACCAGUGAUCCAUGAGCUAUCAAUAGAAACAGACAUGACUCAAGAUUAUUCAUCCCCUGAUCCUCCAAUUGACCAAGAAAUCCUUUUGCAGUUCAAAGAUGCUUGCAAGAGUAUUCACAAGCUUAUUUGUAAGACAGAAGGUUGCAAGAUGAGGGACUUUAAGUAUCCUCUUCUAACUGAAAUAUUCAUUUACCAUGACCAUGAAAUGAUGGAAAUGUGGCAAGAGAUUGACGCAAAAGUCGAACAAAACUUAUCUAAGAAAUAA